AUGAUUAGAAGAGGAUUAAAUUUAUUGAUUAGUCAUCAAUCAUCAUCAUCUUUAAUACAACAACAACAAUACAUUAAAAGAUUUGCUAGUGUAGCUGCCUCUAAACUUGCAAAUUCAUUCUAUGAAUUAAAGGCUCAAGAUAUCAAAGGAAAAGUAACAGAAUUUAAAUCAUUUGAAGGAAAAGUUUGUUUAAUUGUCAAUGUUGAUGAAGAUGAAUUGAUCAGAAUGAAGGUCAAGCAUCAAAUUACACAUCCAGAAGAAUUUAAACAAUUGAUGGAACUCAGAGAAUUAAUUCACAAGUUUGAAAAUAAGGAAUUUUCUAUUAUUGCCUUCCCAACAAGGGAAGCUGAAGUUACCCAUGAACAUGUUGCUCCAGAAUAUACUCUUGAUGAUGUUUUAUUGGAUAAUGACAAAAAAGCUUCAAAAAUUAUCGGAAAGGAUGUUUUCACAGUAAUGAGACCUGUUCACUUGAACACAAUGAAGGAACACCAAGUUUAUGCCUAUUUGAAGUAUCAAGCUGAAGAAUUAGAAAAGAAGAUUGUUAAACAUCCAGAAGAAUUGAAGGGUGAAGAUAUUUCAAUCAAUGAAAUGUUUACCAAGUUUUUGAUUAAUAGAAAGGGAGAAGUUGUUGCAAGAUUCGGAAAGAAUGUUGAACCACAACAAUUGGCCUUCUUGAUUGAACAAUUAUUAAAGGAAUAA